GGGAUGCUCAUCAUGUGCUUCCAAAACUGAUCUAUUUCCCUUCUCCUUCUUACUUCUGUCUUUCUUUCUCCCUGCUACAAAUCCAAAAUCCACCAAAUCCCGGGUAAAAUAAACCUCUUCUCGAUCCAUCACUCUCUUCCUCUUCCUUUCUCACUUUCCCUCCUUUCAAUUUCACUUCUGCCUCCGCCACUGGCAUUCAUUUCACUCGAUUUCACUUCUUCUUCCGCAGCGCCAAACAGUUAAUUUCUCGAUCGAACUCCGCCACUUCUAGGGUUCCCCGCUGCCAUGGACCAGGCCGAAUUAACCUCCGAACAGGUUCUGAGGAGGGACAUCCCAUGGGAGACCUAUAUGUCCACGAAGCUUAUCUCAGGCACGAGCCUUCAGCUCUUGAGGCGUUACGAUCACCGACCAGAAAGUCACAAAGCACAGUUGCUCGAUGAUGAUGGUCCCUCUUAUGUUCGCGUGUUUGUUCGUGUUUUGCGUGACAUUUUCAAGGAGGAUACUGUAGAGUAUGUUUUGGCCCUGAUAGAUGAAAUGCUUGCAGCAAACCCGAAGAGAGCAAGACUGUUUCAUGACAGUGCCCUUGCGGAUGAAGAUACUUAUGAGCCUUUCCUAAGAUUGCUCUGGAAAGGAAAUUGGUUCAUACAAGAGAAAAGUUGUAAGAUCCUUGCUUUAAUUGUUAGUGUCAGGCCAAAAAGUCAGAAUGGUACUGUGUCAAAUGGAGAAGCAUCAAAUGGAAAGAAGUCUCUUACAACUAUUGAUGAUGUUUUGAUAGGAUUGGUAAAAUGGCUCUGUGAACAGUUAAAGAAACCUUCUCAUCCUAUUCGUGGAGUCCCAACUGCUAUCAAUUGCCUAGCAACACUACUCAAGGAACCUGUGGUUAGGUCUUCCUUUGUUCAGGCGGAUGGGGUCAAGUUACUUGUGCCAUUGAUUUCACCAGCAUCCACUCAACAAUCUAUUCAGCUUCUUUAUGAAACAUGUCUUUGCAUAUGGCUCUUAUCCUAUUAUGAGCCAGCAAUUGAGUAUUUGGCUACUUCAAGGACCCUUCCACGACUUAUUGAUGUUGUUAAGAGUUCUACAAAAGAGAAGGUGGUUAGAGUUGUUGUCUUGACUCUUAAGAACUUGAUGUCAAAAGGGACAUUGGGUGCUCAGAUGGUUGACCUUCAGCUGCCACAAGUUGUCCAGAGUUUAAAAGCCCAAGCAUGGAGUGAUGAGGACUUGUUGGAGGCACUGAAUUCCCUGGAAGAAGGGCUUAAGGAUAAUAUUAAGAAACUAAGUUCUUUUGAUAAGUACAAGCAAGAAGUUCUCCUUGGCCAUCUGGAUUGGUCUCCCAUGCACAAAGAUCCCAUAUUCUGGCGAGAAAAUAUAACCAACUUUGAAGAAAGUGAUUUCCAGAUCCUAAGGGUCCUAAUAACAAUUUUGGACACCUCCAAUGAUCCUAGAUCUCUGGCUGUUGCUUGCUUUGACCUUUCACAGUUUAUCCAGAUCCAUCCUGCAGGACGUAUCAUUGUGACGGACCUUAAGGCCAAGGAACGAGUGAUGAAACUUAUGAACCAUGAAAAUGCUGAAGUUACUAAAAAUGCACUUCUCUGCAUCCAGCGGCUUCUCUUAGGUGCAAAGUAUGCAAGCUUCUUGCAGGUUUAAUUCUACUUCUGUAUGGUGGGGCCUAGUGUAUGCACUUAAUUCCAUCAACUUCAGGGCAAUCUCAAAUUGAAUCGGCCCUCGUGUACUCGGCUAUUCAUUGUUUUAGUGAUUAAUUUAUUGUGUAUGGCUAUUAAGAUUUCGGUUUCAACAGUGCAGAAGAAAUUAUAUGUGAGAAAUAAGUAUGCAUGAUAUUCUGCUGCUGAAUAAAACAAGUUUUGUAACUAUCUCGAAGUUGUGCUUGUAGGUAUGUUGAAGUUGUUAGACAACAAAAUUUAUCGUUAAUAUGGAUAUGUAAUUUCUUGAAAAA